AUGAGUGUAGCAGCAACGUUCCCCACAUCUCCCAGCGCCCUUCGCAGCCGCUGCGAGGAGGUGCUGCGCGACCUCACGGAGACGCAGCAGGGCCUGGGAAAGGAGUGGAAGAACGUCCAGCCGUGUGUCGCACGCGCCGCCCAGCUGUUGCUCCAGCAGGCACAACAUCACGAGGGCCGCCUGGCGGCGCUGGAGGACAAGGUGGAUCAAGUGCUGCGGGCCGUCGAGGUCAUUGCAAGCGACACCCGAUUGAAGGAGCGGCGCUACCACAUGGACCGCGAUGCCACCGAUCGGGUGCUGGAGGCCCUGCAGCAGCGCAGCCAGCAACUGCAUGACGCCAUGGAGACAGAGCGGCGUGCAACCCAACAUCUUCACGAGCAGGUGCUCUACCCCGGCCUGGACUAUCUGCAGCAGCAGAUUGAUAGACUCGCAUCGGGAGCGCCGCCGCCGUCGACCACCACAUUCACUGCUGCCAAUGAUGACUCCGCGCUGAAGGAGAUGGUGCGAGAGGUGAAGCUGCUGCGCAGCCAGUGGCAACAGCUGCUGCAGUCCAACUCCUCUGUGCCCCCAACGCCCGCUCAGCUGUGGGAGGAGCCACGCGCCUCAUCCGCAGCGAGGAGGCGACGGAUGCCGCCGCCAUCGUCAUCAUCACCGCCAGCGGUAAAGGCAGUAGCAGCACGUUCGCCGGUGGACUGCAGCGUGGCGCGCUGGCACUGGCGUGGCGGCCAUGUGUCGUCACCGAUGCUCUCCGCGGACAGUCCCAUUCCAUGGGGCUCACCGCAUGUGCGCAAUACCAUGACGGGGGAGUGGCUGCCAGUUCCUGGCGCUGCUGCGACGCACGCUGAACUGUGCGAAGGCGUCGGGCUUCCGUUUGUCUGGCGCCUGCGGCGACCUGCUGUCGUAGAGCUGCUGAAGGAUGGCAUUUAUCGCGUGACGACGUGUUUGCUCACCAGCUGCAGUCGGUGUGUUGGCGGAAAGAGUCAAGGCGGUGGUCACAAGAUUGCCGCAUCGGUGCUGCCAUCCGUGACGCUGCGCGUCAAUAACAACACUGUAUUCAGCUUUCUCUCGGGCGGCUCGACGUGCUACACACUACAGCCGGCAGCAGGGAGCGGUCGCCAGUCUUCAACAGGUCCCCGGCAUGCUGCUGCUGCUGCUGCCGCCCCUUCUGUUGGUGGCAAUUGUUCAGGCGUGUCGUGUCCCCGUCGCCCGUGCAACUGCAGCACUACAAUCGCGUCGUCCGCCUCAACCUUUGCGGAGUAUUUUCGCCUCUCGGCAGGCUCAACUGUGUCUGUGCACUGCCACGAGGCGCCCGACACAAAUGUCAUGCAUGAGGCGUUUCUCGAGAUGGAGCUGAUCGCCGCCUAA